GGGUCUCCAAGCAACUACUGUUAGUGCACGAAGGAAAAGGGAAGGGAAGCAGCACCUGCUUAACGACGGCGCGCCGGUUGAAACCCGUCUCCUAUCUCCUGCAGGAGGGGGCCGGUGGUUGAGGGGUCGUUUGAGAGGAGAGGCAUGUGAUUUAAGUCAAGAGGACCAUUCUUCAUUUAGAUCCUCGGCGUCUUUUCAUUUUGAGCCGUCGGCGCUGUGACGUUAUUGUGAGGGUGAUGUUACAGCGGAGAGAAAAUGGAACUGAUGAAACAGAGACAACGUUGCGCAUGAAAGAGCAUGUGUGUAACUAGCCCACACAGCUGAGUUUUUGUGUGUGUGCGAAAUUGGGGCUCUGCUUUGUUCAGAGCAAAAACAUUGCUGAUGAAAAUGAGUCAGAAGGUGCUAAGGAGAAACCUGCCGUUUCUGCUCAUAUUUGUCGUGCAUGCCGGAUUGUUGGUCGUGAGUCCUUAUAGCUCCACCUCAGCGGGCUCGGUUUCCUUGGAGGGAACUUUUCUGGAAGGGGAAGGACUAAGAGUGGCGAUAUUCCGUUUCGGUGGUGAGUUUACGCCACGCGGCAGCGCCAGAAGGAGCGUCCGUGCCCAGCACCAUGGAGAGCGGCGUGGUGCACAUAUUCAAAGAGGACCGCUGUCCCUCGGGCCAGCCGGGGGAGUGCGUGCCGAACUUCACCUGGCAGCCCGGCUUAUCGGACAUCUUCAACUACACCCCCAACGGCACCUGGGACUCUGAACCCGAGCCGAUGUCACCCAUCAUCCCCAUUAUUGUCGCCGUAUACUCGGUGGUGUUUGUGGUGGGCUUGGUGGGCAACUGUUUGGUGAUGUAUGUCAUCAUUAGGUACACCAAAAUGAAAACGGCCACCAACAUCUACAUCUUCAACCUGGCUGUGGCCGACGCCCUGGUCACCACCACCAUGCCCUUCCAGAGCACCGACUACCUGCUCAGUUCCUGGCCGUUCGGCGAGGUGGCGUGCAAGGUCUUCAUCUCCAUCGACUACUACAACAUGUUCACCAGUAUUUUCACCCUGACCAUGAUGAGCGUCGACCGCUACAUUGCCGUGUGCCACCCGGUCAAGGCCCUUGAUUUCCGCACUCCCGUGAAGGCGAAGAUCAUCAACGUGAUCAUCUGGGUGCUGUCCUCGGCUGCGGGGAUUCCUGCCAUGGUGCUCGGCAGCACCAAUACCAACAACGGAACCACAGAAUGCGCUUUACAGUUCCCGGAGCCCUACACCUACUGGGACACCCUGAUGAAGAUAUGCGUGUUCAUUUUCGCGUUCGUGGCGCCCCUCAUCAUCAUCACCGUCUGCUACACCCUGAUGGUGCUGCGGCUGAAGAGCGUGCGCCUGCUGUCGGGCUCGCGGGAGAAAGAUCGCAACCUCCGCCGGAUCACCCGCCUGGUGCUGGUGGUGGUGGCGGUCUUCGUGGUGUGCUGGACACCCAUCCACAUCUUCAUCCUGGUCAAGGCGUUGUCGUCCAACGUGCCCGAGACCACCGCUGUCAUGGCUGCCUACUUCUUCUGCGUGGCGCUGGGCUACACCAACAGCAGCCUCAACCCCAUCCUGUACGCUUUCCUGGACGAGAACUUUAAGCGCUGCUUCAGGGACUUCUGCUGCCCCGGCGCGCGGGGUCACAGGGACUGUCACGGGGUGAGCAGAGUGAGGAGCACGCUGCGGGAUCACACCUGCGCCACCGAAGGGAGGGGCGACGGGAGGCAAGCCAGGCCCGUAUGACUAGCCAUGAACAUGUCCUCCAGGCCUUACCAGAGCUGGGAGGACUCUAUUGAUCUGUGUUUAACUCAGAUCACUACCACCAUCUGAGGAGGAUCGGUAUUCCUUAAAUAAUCCCAUAAAAAGACCAAGACCAACAAUUGUUUGACCCGACUUCAGCAAUAUUCCCCGCGGAGAACACAAUGGCCAAAUUAAUGCUAGCGCAAUUAAGCAAUCUUUACUUAUUCUUAGGAAAGAGAUGAGAGCAACAUUUCUGCCUGGAUUUUCCACUGGGCUUAGUCUGUAUUAACUUUAUAUUAAAAUGCAACAUUUGGAGCAUUUAGAACAUCCCAUAAAGUCUUCAAAUCUGCAAAUCCAAUACGACUGUAAAUCACAACCCAUCGAUUUGCACGGUGUGAAUGUCAUUGAAUCAGUAAGUAGGCGCAGUACUGCAUGGACUCUGGCAGUGAAAAUAUUGGUACAUUGUUUUAAUACUUGAAAUUCUCUGAAUUUCAUUAGCUUUUUAUGUCUGUUAGAGAUUAGGAGAAUGCAGAGACUGGACUGCAAAGUCGGUCACCAUGGAGAUUACAGAUAGACAACGGACUACUUAAUGUCUAUGUGAGGAAUGAACGGGGCUCUCGCUGGCGUCCGGAAAUCUGCCCGCUGCGUUGUUAUGUCUGAGAGCCCAGUACUGAAGCUGUAAACAUCCCUCUGCCUUUUAGAUUAAAUAUGGUAAAAUAUAGUUUCAGUUUCAAGAGUCGUUUUAUCACUACAGACAUCAACAAUAGAAACAACACAUUAUUCAGCAAAAG